UGCACCUAAAGUAAACGCCUAUAAUAGUCUAUUGUAACAUUAUUAUUGAAAUAUCUAAACUUGGCAAUCCGUGCUUUUAUUUUAGAUUGUGUGUGUUUCUGACGCAGCCUCCACCCGAAGGGUCAAGGGUGCCAGUGGUGAGUGGACACAUUACAAAUCUCAGUAUUCCAAAUUUGCUUGUUUCUCUUAUUUUUUUUUCAGCGUGGGAGUAUGAUCAUGAUUGAUUAUAAUUAUUUAAUUACUGUAUACGGUAGUGCCUUGCAUCCUUUUCCAAUAAGAUUGAAUCUUGGAAUUCAGGCGCCUAUUUAUCUUAACACCUUUCAGACCCAUCAAAUUGAAUAAUUAAACUGAAAUUGUAAGAUUGGCUCUUAAAUUUGGAUUGGCAAAAUAUUUUUAAGUGGGUCAAGUCAGCGACUGUAAAUAAGCCACUUCUCUUUUCAUAUUUCUGUGUGUUGUAUGUUAUUUAAGUCAACGCAUAUAAACAAAAGCUACCUUAAAAACAACAAAUUUAGUCUACCAAGAAUCAUUUAUAUAAUCAGUUGUGAUGUUUUUUCUGUCCAUUGUCUUCACUUUGCAAGACACCUUGGCUUUUAUAUUUUACCGCACCCCAUUUCAUGUCUUGAUCUCUACCUUUCUAGGAUCUGUUUCUUUCUUGAUUGAUUAUGUCACUGUACUUACCUUUAUUAUACUUACAUGUAUUGUAUGGUUUCUGCUUCUAUUAAGUUUAGUGUGGUUUACAAUAAAAGAUGUUUUGAUUUUGUCUUUGCCCUACUUAUGAUGAGUUAUACUUUGAUCAUUUUUACACAUUUGCUCACAUCACUCACAGCCAGCCGCUCUGACAUGGUUAACCACCUUCCUUGAGUUGUUGGUUAAUCAUAUGAGCGGGAUAUAAAUACCUCAUUUCAUUUCCAUAAAUUUAGUAUGUAAAAUCCGGAUUGGAUUAUUGUAAUAAUAUUUAUAUCGGUGAGACGUGCAGAAGGGCACAUGAUAGGCUCGGAGAGCACCUAAGAUAUGCUAAAUGUCCUCUUACUCCUUCCAAUAUUAGUCAAGCUUUAGCGAUUCAUUACAAUACUUUGCAUAGGGGGUCAGAACCCAAUUUAGAAUUUGAGAUGUUGAAAACGGAAAGCAACACAGCUAGAAGAAAGAUUGCAGAGGCAAUGCUUAUUUUGAAGCUCAAACCUAGCAUUAACAAGAGGGAUGAGUUAGAAACCAUUAAAAGAUUUUUAGUUACAAGUACAUAGUAACUGGGUGUAACAUAAUUUAUACUUUGCAGACAGGGGAUCGUCUACACAUGUAUUCAGUGAUAUUUAUAAAUAGGUUUGUUUACUUUUACAGUACAAGGGCCGACUCUCAUGCACGCACACUUGUCACUUCCGCCUUGCAUUUAACACACUACCUCUACUCCUCGAUCAAACUACAUAUUUGGCUCCCACGUUUCACACUUCUCAUUGGUCAAUGCCAUUCCCGCUAUUUCGCUUCACAUUAGAUACAUACCUACACACUUCACAUCAUCUACCUUGUUCACCGUACGUUAUUUGCUAUAAAAGUUUGUCGUCGUAUGAGCUAAUUUUUGUUAUGACUUUUUGUAUCGCAUUUUUGGAUAAAUUUGAUUGAAUUAAAAGUAAAUAAUUAUACACUAAUUUUGCCUCAGAUUUAUGUUUUUACGUUUUGAAUUUUUGAUUGAUAAUUUUUGAUCAUGAAUACGAUGUUGUCACAUUGAAACGUUGAAUAAUUCCUUUCCUGAUAAGAGCCUUUUCCUUGUCGCAUCAAACGGGAUCAAUUUAGAAAUUUACCCAAGAAACAUAAAUUUAGUAGCAAGUUGAAUUAAGCAAGAUGCAUUAAGCAAGAUGCAUAAUGUAUCGACUAUUUUUGCGAACUGAGCCUCAAAAUAGCAAGCUUCCAGAAGUCUCGAUUUACAGUUAUUCGAAUAUCAGCCUAGUAUAGGACUAUAUCUGCAGCAUCACAUAAGUUCUUUAUUUUUUUCAAUAUUCCAAUUAUUUGUUAAUUACUUUCCAACAUGUUUAAUGACGAAGACUACCUCAGAAUUCAGAUAAGAAAGUGAAAUGCCCCAAGAGUUCAACUUCGUUAACGAUGUGGAUGGAGCGACGCACGUAUGCACAUCACAACCUCGAUCGUGCAUUUCAUCUCUCAUCCCACUAUUUAAUAUCCUGCUGACUAUAAUUAUGACUGUGGCAGUGAUAGUAAUUUUUGUGAGGAUGGACCAGCGCGGUAGUCAACAAGCAGAGAUUGAGACACGAAUAGUAGAAUUAAGGGAUGAGAUUAAGAUAAUGAGGAAGCAGAUAAAAUAUUUUGAGGCAAUACACAGCCGCAGCCUUUCUGGUGCUCAAACUGAAAACGUGACAGAAAAGAUAAAAGAGGUGACUGCGUCUAACUGUUCAACUUUACAACCUCAAAGCAAUUUUACAAUUGGGGACUGUCCCAAAGUGCCAGUCAACCAUACAAGCAAUCAAAGCUCAGAAAAUUCUGUGACGAGAGAUACUCCGCCAGAUGGUGCAACAAAUAAUCGAACUGAGAAAUUAGUGACAGAAAAGAUAAAAGAGGGAACUGCGUCUAACUAUUCACCUUCACAAUCUCGAGUCCAAGAGAUGGCAGGACCAACUACGAUACAUAUUCCAAGUCCAACUGUAAGCAUAUCCCCGGGAAACCCUGCACCUGACAUUAAAACCCACCAGAAGAAACCGUCUGAGGUUGAUACCGAACAGGAGAUACUUUUUGAGGUUGUUGACUGCCAAGAUAUUCUAGUAAGCUCAAGUCUUUCGACAUGCGGUGAAAUCAAGAACAAGCACAAUCUGAUAUACCGGGUUAUAACCGGGGUACGAGUCAAUAAGCAAAAGAAAUUGACUCAUGUUAGCUGCUGUAAUGUUACCAUAUCUUUAAGGCAAACCCCACGGCGCAGCGUAUAACAAGCGGGACUUUGUACACUACAAGUACAACUAUACCGAGACUGCAGAGUAUAAUAUACUAAGUCAUUCUUUGCAUGACCUAAUGAGUAACCAUUGACAUGAUUGCCCUGUGCGUGUAAGUUGACUCAGUGUAAACUUUAACUUGUUUAAAUUUAAUUAUUUUAAUUAAUAGGGGAUAGGACUGACUUCGUAGUUAAAAUUUAUUUGAGUUUUUAUAGAGGACUGCGUAUUUUUGUUUCAUCAUAUUCAAUAUUGAAUGCGAGAAUAUUAAUAAGUGUGCGUCUAAAAGCACUCUAUUUGAAUUUAUAUUUAUUGUAUCAGUUUUUAAGUGAUAAUCGAUUGUUAUUGAAAAACUUUGAAUAACGUGUAGCAAGAAAAACUGCACGAACUGAUUUUGUAUUGAAGUGAAUAUCCAACGUUUAAAUUUAGACAAUUUUUGUUUGAAAUUGAUUUAUAGUUAUACUUAUACGUACAAUUUCGUUUUUAAUUGAAGAUAU